AUGGCAUCAAGUUCAGACUUCCAGGAAGAAGAUUUCCAUGAGGAACAAGAGGAUGAGUCAUCUCCUUACUUCUUUGGAACAGAACCAGGAAAGACUUACUCCGGAGAUAAAAUGGACCAGCUUGAUAAAUUAUAUCGCAGCGAUUUCGACGAAGGCCACUUAUUACUUCAUCAAAAUAUGGUUCUCUCUCAUAGAUACCAAAUCAAAACAAUGAUUGGUCGUGGAACAUUUUGCUUAGUUUGGCUUGCUUAUGAUUAUUUAAGAUGUGAGAAUGUUGCAAUCAAAAUAUUAAAGAAAGCAUUUGAUUCAAAUCAAGAUGAUUCACAAUUCGAGGAUGAAUUAGUACUUAAUUCAUAUCUUUCCGCAAUUGAUGAUCCAACAAAGCAUAUUACGCUAUUUCAUGACGUUUUCUAUUACGAGGAUCACUGCUGCUUGGUAUUUGAAUUAGUUUCACAGAAUAUUUUAACGUUUAUUAACUAUUUCGAUGACAAUUACGUUCCAAUUCCACUUAAACUCGUUAAAAAGAUUGUAUUGGACACUCUCAAAGGCUUGGACUUUAUGCACAAGCAUGGUACAAUUCAUACUGACUUAAAACCAGAAAAUGUCUUCGCAGAAAGGCCAAUUUUCCCAUACGGACCGUUUUCUGAGGAUGAUAAUAGAGAAGUAUUUAAUUGCCUCGAAGAUGAUGAGUCUACAAUCAAUUUCAAACUCGGAGAUUUUGGAAAUUCUUGUUUUGUCGAUGAAAUCAUGAACGACUUAAUUCAAACUCGUCAAUACAGAUCGCCUGAAGUACUUCUUGGUCUUCCUUACGAUUGCUCCGCUGAUAUUUGGAGUUUAGGCUGUAUGACUUUUGAAUUAGCCACAAGACAUCAUUUAUUCGACCCCGUUCUUCCAGAUCCUGAUGUAGAAGAGACAUCUAAGAACAGAGACCUAUUUGAUGCUGUUCAACUCUCAAUGAUGGAAUAUGUUUUGGGAACAAUACCAAGAGAUUGGGCCAAAAACGGUAAAUUCUAUCCAGAACUCUAUAACAGACAUGGUGGACUCAUUGCAACUUACAAGAAACAACUUCCUUGCUUAUAUAAUUUACUUAUUAAAUAUGGACUCACAGAACAAGAUGCUGAGGAACUCACUGAGUUCCUUAAACCUCUCUUAUUCAUAAUUCCUAAGAACAGACCAUCAGCAGAAAAGAUUUUGGAAUCUCCUUGGUUAUAUUUUGUUUAA